CUGGCCUGCAUGUUUUUCAUCAAAUUAAAGAAUUUUCCGAUUAUUUUUUUUAAAUUUAUAAUUAUGUCCCUUUCACAGGUAUUCACAGCUGGAACAUCAGUGUAAGCAGUAUGUACCGAGGACCACAAGUGGGAUAACCCUAUUGUCCGGUUCGACAAACAUUGGCACAAAGCUCUCCAUAUUAUGGCAAAGGCUCACUUUAAUUUACGUUUCCCUGCACUGCAUUUCAUCAACUGCAUUUUCAGUUAAUACCGCUAGAUGGCAAGAGACACAAUUUACUUUUGCUUAAAAAUGACACAAACAAGUUUGGUGUUGAUUGGCUUUGCCUACGUGUGAGACGUGCAGCCUAUCUUUAAAAAUUAAAACAAUAAGUAUAAAUUGAGAGCAAAGAAUAACCAAUGUUGAGGAGAAAAUGUGUAGAUUUUUAUUAAAAUAAAUAUUUCUUUGUCAAAUUGUGGAAUGAUGGUUUACCUUAAUCGUGAUUAAAUGUGAUUGAGAUUAAAUGUGUGAGAUUGAUCAGAGUUAUUUUUUCGGCAGUUUCAUUAGGCAAAACAAAAAACAAAAACAAAAAAACACAGGAUAUUUUUUCCCUUUCGACAACAGCACAUGACCAUAUGCUCAAAACUGUCAGAGUCGGAAUGAUGAUUUCUCACUUUCAUACAGACUUCCUCAUUUGUCUUUCACCCACACAUAAACAGUCCCGGCCUUUUCCCACCAUGCCCCGGUUUCUUGGUUGUCACAUCUUGUGAUUUGUUACUCACACUAUUGGUGCAUCUAUAAAAAAACGAAUCCUUAAACUAAAUAUGUGGAUAGAUACCAAAAUCAUCUGCAUAUUAAACAUAUUUUAAACAAAGAACAAGUUGACCUAACAGAAGUAGCUGUUUAGAAAUACACCCUUUUCUGAAAUUACCCUAUAGCUAAACCCUCACAUUUCCACCAUUACAAACAAAGAUAAACAUGAUAAUCUGAAGGAAUACAUCUCUGAAAACAACAGGUAAUUUGUAAAUCAUUUAGAAAACAAUCAAACAGCAGUGAUUGAUCUUAUAUAUGUAUAAAUAUUUUACAUAUAACAGUUGAUUCUCUUCUUGUAAUAUGUGUUUGUAUUACUAUCAACUUCCCCUUUUAAUACUAACCGCAAACAUUCCCUUAACAUUUCUCUCUUGGCAAAUUGUACUGGUCAUGUGAAAGACUGCCUUUACAUUUGGUUGAAUACAAAAUCAUCUGGUCAGUGUCAGAGAUGAAUUCUAAUGACGAUGUUGAAAAUGUACAGCAACAUUCAUGCCUCACUCACUAAUUACCGCUCCUGUUUUGAGGCACUCUUUCAUAACACAGAUCGAACACAGAUCGAACACAUAACAAGGGGCAUAUGGGGGAGUUAUAUCUGAUCAAGUCCCCAAGUUGUCUAGUCAUUUCUGUUUAAAUGUGUUAAGUGAGUCUGCCCAGUGUGUGUGUGUGUGUGUGUGUGUCAGCCUCGUGUAACGUACACGUUUGGAAUAAGAACAUUGAUUGUAUUUACACUAACAAGGCCCACUCAGAAUUCUAAACAGCCCACACAGUCAGUCGCACUCAACAUUCAUCUUUUGCCACUUAACAUCAGACUGUCGGAAUGACACUCUCUGCUUUGUACUUUCUUUGUUGGCAACAUCGUUUUUUUUCUUCUUUACCUUUCCUUUUCCACCAUACUCGUUGCCACAGGAGCCCAGUUGCGCAGCAUAGCAGAGAAAAGAAAGCUGCGGAAACUCUCGUUCUCUCUCUCUCUCUUCCCCUCGCUGUCGCUCUCUCUCUCUGUGUGGGAGACGACAGGGAAACCCAUGACUUCCGCGAUUUUCCUCUCUCACUGAAACCGCAGGCACAGUAGUCAAGCAGAUGGUCUAUAAAAAGUCACAAUGAAGCUGUGUGCUGGUAGACGACCAGAGACCCCCCGGAGGACUGUAUUCCGUCAGAGGACUAAGUUGUGGACCCACACGAGGGAAGUGCACCACUUCUGAACUAAGCCUAAUACCUGGACCGUGAGGAUCUUCUGCUCGAAUCGCAAACUUCAGACUGCCCUCAGAUGUCCCACCAAAACACGACGAUGGAUGUCGAGUCUCUGCACAAGAGUGACCGCCGAGGCAGAAGCUACCACGACGUUUUUGUCGUCAUGUCCAUCAUUUUUCUCUUCGUUACGGUGGCAGCCAUGGCUGCAGCUGGAAUACUGUUUGCGGUUAACUUGCGCUCCAAAGUCAGUCCUUCCGCUCUAACAUUUGACAUGUCUGAUCGGCAGCCCGCUUUUCCACAGUACAAGAUCGAUAAGUUUGCCUAUCUGGAAGCCAAGACCGUUGAACUGGUAACCUCCACCAUGCACUGGCACCAAGUCUUUUAUGGUCCUACCGUAUCUGUUGGAAGCAACUUCCUGUUUGACCAAGCGCAGCAGUCGCUGAAACCACAGCGAGAGGGGAUGUACUUCAUGUACAUUGACCUAAACAUAACCUGCACAUUCAGAUGCAACGCAGGCCUCCUGACCAUCACUGUUGGUGAUCAUCUCACCUGUCAACUGACGCUGCCUGACAUGGCAAAUUCAACAGCUGUACAUCAGAAGUGCUGGACAGUGACCAAGUUAAACACGGAGGGUCUUCUCGUUCAGAUGACAGUGCCGAAGGACGGGCUGCAGCACUGGAAACUUAACACCAAGGGCUCAGGAUUUGGGAUUUUUCUCGUGGACUGAUACUGACUAAUAUGAACCAUGAACUAUUUGUCUAAAUGUAGCCAAGAUGUAGAGUGCUUCGCAUCAUUAGACUGCCAAAACAGGAGGAUUUACAGUUAUGAUGACAGCAGGUUUGAAAAGACACUCUCACUCAUUUUCUGUAAAUAUGUUCAGGACCGUAUGUUAUAUAUUUAUUUAUUAUUUAUUUAUUCACUUUUAUUUAUACAGUAUUGUGUUGCUUUUUGAUAUAGAUACCACUACAUUAUGCUGAAUGUGCAAUAUAUUUGACUUACAUGUCACUUUAUAGAUUCAUAUCCUUGACUGCUCAGCAAAGCGUGUUCUGACUUCCAAACCACAAGACCUAAAGACCUCAUUUAGGUUUCCAUAAUGUCAAACAAUGACCCACAGGCAGUGACGUUAAAAUGUUUAUUGUUGAAUCAAUUUCUGCACUGAUGUGAGAAAGUAUUUAUUAGUCCUAUGGACAGACUGCACACUGUUGGAUGUAUUUUAAUAUAUUGGUAAUUUAAAAAACUCAA